AUGUUUUAUGGAAACAGAAAGCCCAGUGUGACUCAGCAGUGCCAAGGCUGCCAAGAGAGCUGGCGGCAGCCCAGCCGCUUCAAUGGAAACAGCGCCCGCACCUGGAGGUCCUGGGCCUGCCGCCCUGGGCCCUGGCUGGAGCCUAGCUACCCCAGCAGUUUGUUUAGCUCUGGGCAUAGAAUUGAACCACCAGAGGGCCUCAGGCGACUCAGGAGGUUUGGAAGAGACAAAGGUACAUGCUUAGAGGGGCUGGAGAAGGCGAGGGAGAAGGAAGGGAGCCAAGUUAAGCAUGUGACUGACCAGGGGCUUUGGAAAAGACAAGCCCUGCAGGAAGGCAGGCAUGUGGCCAUUCUGUCUGUAGCCUCCUAUUCCUCCCUGCUUUCCCCAGCUGCAUCUACCUGGAUCCUGAAUUUGAACCAAGUGGUCCAAACGGCCUGGUCACCUGAGCAUCCACUCUGCAGGAACCGCAGGGCUAGCCACAUACUUGUUGGGAAGAAGGCUCAAAAUGGAAUCUUCAAGCAGACCCGCUUUGGUUUCCACCCCUCUAUUCUGAGAACCCAAUCUCAACCCAUGUGUUCUGCCUUCAGGCAGAAAAUGUCGGAAUCAUAGGGAAGACUAAGCUGAAAAAAGAAUUUGGAGUUCCAAAGGAAUUUUGUGCCACCUGCCGUCUGGCAA